AUGGACCGACCGCCCGGAGCCAAUGGCACGGAUCCCAGCAACGGCAUCAAUCACAAUGCCGCAACGCGCGAACCGCCGGCAGCAGCAACCCCAAGCAAGCAAACUCCGGGCCUCGACCCGCAGCCGGUAAACGACGAGCCCAACACAGGAGAGCCGGGCCCGCGCGGCAGCAGCACCCGUCGCCGACGACGCCGCGGGCGCUACUUCGGACCAGACGGCAAGCUGCGUCCGUUCCGGCUGCUGCGCGGCGACGCGGCCAACCUGCGGGCGCGAUGGCCCUCGGACUGGACCGUCUUCAACCAGCAGGUGGUGGCGAGCGCCGUGUACGUCUUCUUCACGAACCUGCUGCCGGGAAUCACGUUUGCGGGCGACCUGGCGGUGCAGACGGGGCGGUCGUGGGGCACCGUCGAGGUGGUGCUCAGCACGGGGCUGUGCGGCGUCGUCUUUGCCGUCUUCUCGGCGCAGCCCCUGACUAUCCUAGGCGUGACGGGCCCGUUUGCCGUGCUGGCCGAAAACAUAUACAAGCUGUGCGAGACGCGGUUCCAGGUCGACUUCCUGUCGCUCAUGGCCUGGACGCUCAUCCACGCCGGGUGGAUGCACGCGCUGCUCGCGGCGCUCAACGCGCACGACUGGACGAUGCGGUACGUGACGCACUUUAGUGCCGACGUCUUCUCGCUGCUCAACAGCGUCAUCUACGUGCAUAAGGCGGCGCUGGAGCUGCAGCGCGAGCACGCGCGCGCCCGUUCCCGCGCCGACUCCGACGGCGGAGACAUCGAAGCCGCCCUCGCGCCUUUCCUCUACGCCGUGCUCGGCGCGACGGGCACCUGCCUUUUCGCCGUGCUGCUCUCCACGGCGCCGACGUCCUGGGCGCCGCUGUUCCCGCGCUGGGCGCGCCUCGGGCUGGGCGAGUACGCGGCCGCGCUGUCGGUGCUCCUCUGGGUGGGCGUGCCGCACAUGGGCGACCUCGCGGCGCUGGACCACGCGCGGCUCGAGGUGCAGGGCGAGGCGCUGCGGCCGUCUGCGUGGCCCGCGCGCGGGACGUUUGUCGUCGAGUUCUGGCGCUUGCCCGUCGAGUGGGUGUUUCUGGCGGUCGUGCCGGGCGCCAUCGUCACGGUGCUCUUCUUCUUCGACCACGAGAUCAGCAGCAUCAUCUGCGCGAGCCGCAGCCGCUACGGCGUGAGGAAGCCUGGCGGCUUUGCGUGGGACGUGGCGCUGCUGGGUGUGACGACGGCGGUGUGCGGCGUGGUGGGCGUGCCGCCUGCGAAUGGGUUGCUGCCGCAGGCGCCGCUGCACACGGAGUCGCUGUUACACUACGUCGACGGUGAUGACGAUGCUGACGGCGACGACGACGGUGGUGCUGAGGCGUCUCGGGGGGCCGACGAUGACCGGGAGUGGGAGGAGGAGGAGCAGGAGCAGCAGCCCGCGCGUCCCGCGGCAGCAUCAUCGCCAUCAUCAACGCUAUCAACACCAACAUCGUCGUCAUCGCCACCCCCCUCGCCCGCGGCACGCACGCACGAGCAGCGCUACUCGCCCCUCCUCCAAGCCGCCCUCAUCCUCGCCUUCAUCGCCCCGCCGCUGCAGCGCCUGCUCGGCCUCACCCCGACGUCCGUCCUCGCAGGCCUGUUCCUCUUCAUGGCGUACCAGUCGCUGCGCGCCAACCCGAUGCUCGCGCGCGUCGGCCAGCUCGUCACGCCUCCCUCCGCGCUGCCGUCGCUCCCACGGCGUGUGUCCUGGCGCGGCGUCCACGCCUUCACCGUCGCGCAGCUGCUCCUCACGGGGCUCGUCUUCGGCGUGACGCUCACCGUCGCGGCGCCCGCCUUUCCGCUCCUCAUCGUGGCCCUCGUGCCGCUCCGCCUGACGCUCAUGCCGCGCCUCUGGUCCCGCGAGACGCUGGCGUUUGUGGACGCGUGGGCGUGUCGCCCGGGCAGGCCGGAGGAUGGGCGUGGGCGUGCCUCUUCGCGAGGUGAGGGCGACGGCACGACGAUGGCGGCGGCUGUGGAUGAUGGCUCUGCGACAGCGGAUCGUGGGGCCUCCGCGGCGCGCGCGGCGUCCGCCUCGGACGCAGAAAAGGGGCUGGGCGUCUGA